AUGCUGGAUUCAGUAACUGAGGACACCCAGCUUCAGGCAGAGUUCCCCGCCUAUGCCAGGCCCAACAUCUGGCCGACCCAGGCGCUGCCCGAGCUGGAGCCUGCCUUCAAGGAGUGUGGGCGCAUCAUCGUGGCGGCCGGGCUCCACCUUGCAUGUCGCUGCGACACACUGCUCGCGGCUCGGCAGCGGGAAGCUGGCGGGGAGGCGGGGACCGGCACCGUCUGCCCCUCCCUCCACGACACUCUCCAGACCUCCCCCUGCCACAAGGCCCGCCUGCUACACUACUAUGCGGCUCCAGGCGGCGCCGCCUCGGACAGCUGGUGUGCAUGGCACACCGACCACGGCAGCCUCACUGGCCUCUGCGCUGCGCAAUACCUGGACGCCGGCGGCGCGGCCGUGGCAGGCGGCGGCGGCGGCGUGGGCCUGCACAUCCGCACCCUUCAUGGGCAGGUGGUGCGGGUGGGCAUCCCACCGGAGUGCCUGGCCUUCCAGCUGGGCGAGGCGGCCCAGGUGCUCAGUGGGGGCCUGUUCACCGCCACUCCGCACUGCGUGGUGGGGCCGGAGCCGGGAUCGGGAGGCUCCCAGCUCACGCGCGAGACCUUUGCAGUGUUCAUGCAGCCGCGGUGGGAUGAGCCGCUGGAGUGUGCCGAGGGGUGCGAGGGCGAGGCCAGCGUCGGCCAGUGGCGCCGAGGGAUGACGUUUGGGGAGUUUGCAGAGGCCACCUUUGCCCGGUAUUAUGGGUGA